GCUCUAGUUGUGUAGACGUGUCAUUAGACUGCUGGAGGAGAACAUGUCUUGUCCCUAUAUAUAGGGAGUUAAUGCAUGUUGUGGGGAGUCUUUACCUUCCCUCAAGUUAAGAUAAGACAGCACUUCACGUUCAGAUUGUCACUUUCACCUGCCUUUGUCAGUCACGGCUGAAAUGGGCUGUCUGUAUGCGCGACACGACGCUUUAUUCCCAUUGGCUGUUUAGUGUUUAAGCGGAACGCUAUCAGCGUCCCAUUGGAGAGGAACCCGAAUUUCCCGAAGUUGCGAAGUUCGCGAGACGGAUCGCGCGUGGUGAAAUUAAACGUUAGCAGACGUGCGCAAUUCAUCUGAGGCCGUUUUAAGCACGGUGCUGUGCAGAGCCACAAGAGGGCCAUGUCUGAUAACAGCACCGGCAGCACUGGGUCAUCCAGUAAUAGCUGGACUCUGCUCUCUCCAGAGGAGGCUGCUGCUGACCCUACUGCACCAGUGGAUGAUGGGACAGAGAGUAUUGGAGAUGCACCCAGUCUUUCAGAAGAAAUAGCAGGAAGCUCUUUGGAGGUGAGGUCACUUGACCCCGAAACGCCAAUGGUGGAGAGUGUUUUGUCCGAGGUGGGUCACCAGGUCAGUGCUUCACCAACGAUUUGCCAGGAAACAUCUCCAGAUUUCUUUGAGGAAGUGGCAGCAUCUGGUCAUCCUGAUGUUGAGCUUGAUCCUGAGAUCCAUGCUCCUGUCAUCCAUGACACAAUCACCAGUUCUCCCCCUGACAGUGACCUUCUGGGUGCUGUUCCCUUCAGCAUCACUACAGAAUCAGCCUUUCAGUUUUCAGAGGAGUCGGUCCUUGAUGAAGCCACUGAAGAGGAAGUUGCUGAUAUCUCCCCUGGCCAGCAUGUUCCAGUCCAAGAAAGCCCCGCCCCUGGACCAGUGCCCAAAAUCACCUCCAGUCCCAAACCAUUCAGAGAAAUUAUCUCUUCUCCAGAUGUCCCUGUGAGCCCCAUCCCUGAAAUCAGUGAUUCUUAUACAGUCCCUGUGCUUGAUAUUCAUGCUGAUGUACAUCCUGCACCUGAAACCCCGCCUCUGGCCCCGCCCUCUGAGACUGAUACAGGUUUUGGUUCUACAAUAGAAAGCCACGCCCCUGACAGCCCUUACCCUGAAACCAUUGGUUCAGUUGAAACUGAGGAGGAGGAGGCUACCUUUGAGAAAGAAGACAUCGAGCUGCCAGAGAAAUUCCCAGAUGUUAUCAGAGAGCCAGAAUCUCUUGGUGCUGAACUUCCAGCGGGCAUCUCGGCAGAAGAUGAUGGUCUGAGGCUCCGACAUGUGCAACCUGCCGUAUUGUUGAAGCGAAGCUCAGAUGAGGAGGAAGAGGAAGAGGAAGAGGAAGAAUUCAAUCUGCCAGCGAGGAAAGAAGAGAAACGAGCUUUCUCUUUGAAUCAGCUGAUAGUGGGAGCUUUGGUCCUGCUCUGUGUUGGAUCAUUCUUUUUCUCCGGUUCUGUGGUUGACCUGUCUGAUGGUGAUUUUGAUGGCACAGAAUUGAGUGACCAGGAACUUCUUGAUAAACUUGCUCAAGAGAACAAACAAAUAAAUAUAUUAGAGGCUCAGAUUGAGGAUAUGGUCUUUGUCACUGAUCAGUCACAGAAAGAGGAGUUGGACCGGGCUCUGAAAAUGGCGGCAGAUAUGCAUAGCACGGAGAAGGGAGCUCUGGAAAAUGAGAACACUAAACUGAAAGAACAACUGUCUGAUCUGCCUGGUUUAAAAGAAGAACUACAGAUGCUGAGAGCUAGAGUUGCUGAGCUCACAAAGCUUACCGUUCAAGAAGACCUUCCACAGCAGCUCCCCGACUCUGGCCCGCCUUCCACUGGUGAGUCUAGUCCAGAAGGAACUGAGAAACACUGGGAUAAAAAAGAUGAACUCAAGCGUCAGAAAACUCUUUUGGAGGAAAGCCGGAAGAGGCUGGAGGGAAUGAAGAAACAGGGUUUGAGGGAGAGCUUGGUGGAGAUGCAGAAGAGACUCUCAAAACAGGUGGAUCAGCUGGGCAAGCAGGAAGAGAGGAAGAGGAAACACCAAGAGCACAAAGGGGAGAAGAAGGAAUGGGGCAGAAAGAAAGAACAUGACAGUCACUGGAAGAAGGAUGAGAUGGAAAGGGGAAAAGAGUGGAAGCAUGGUAAGGGCAAACAGAAAGACCAUCUCAAGAAGUACACAGAAGAGUGGGACCAGAAGAGAGAUGAGAGAAGGCACGAGAGAGAAAGGAGACAGAAGGAAAGACCUUGGAAGGCCAAACCAUCCAAGCAUCAUCACCACCACCACCAUGAGCAGGUAGACUUCUGGAAACACCAAGAAGAGAAGCUCAGGAGGAACCGACGUCCUGCCGAAGGCUGCCAUGGCACAUCCAACUGCGCUGAUGCAGAGGGACUUGUUCCAGUAAAGCUAGUAGAGUUUCAGGACCUUCUCGAGGUCUACCUAAACAAAAUAGAUGGUGUUCCACAGGAAAGCAAGGAGUCUCUCAGUCGCCUCACCGCUCAGUUCUUCAGCGGCGGUGUUUUUGCCCAUGAUAGAAUGCUCUUCAGCGAGUUUGCCGAGGAUGUUGCAGAUAUCCUGGAAGAUCUGGUAGAUGGUUUAGAAGACAAACAGCAUGAGAACGAUUCCCUGGAAGAAGAGGUGGAGGAGUUCGAAAAAGAGGCUCUGCUUCAGUUUGCCGCCCCUUUGGCAUAAUUGGUGUUGCCUCCCAACACAGAAACUUGGUUGAAUGGAUUGAAAAAUACACAAAGAAAAGGAAAGCAAAAAGAAACAAUCUUACCUGUUACUUGCCUCCGUCUUCACGGACUGUAGAUGUAGUUUAAUGCCUUGUGUGUGAGGAGUUUUCUUGUCAUUAGUGAAGUCCCAGAUGUGCGUUGGGUGUUAUGUUGUAUGCUACCUCCGUUAGUCCUGUUCUUCAACGCCAAACCCUUUGACUCUUGCUUGCUGUGUAAAGUGUCAGUCAUCUUAAGUGUUGCCACAUGAGUGAAACUGCUUCACUUGUAGAUGGAUCAAUCAUUUAGUACAUAAUGAGUUGUGAACGAGAUUAACACUAAACUGGAUAAGUGCAAUGAGAUUGCUGGAGAAUGUCCCUUUAUAGUUGUCUGAAUGGCAAAAAUGUACUUUAAAAACGAUGUAGAAUGUCUCAACUUUCCAGCAAAUUCUUUUUAUUUAAUUUUUAUUAUUAAAACCCUGGUUUCUUUGCACCUA